AAACAGAAAGGAUCAAGCUGGAGCAUCUUAAAUUUAUAAAAUAUAAAAAAUUUAUAAAUUAAAUAAAAAUGGAGAACGGAAAUCCACCGAAGAAAAAAAGCAAAAAGAAAAAAGUACGGAGCAACAGUCCACAAGCAUCAAAUGGAUCAGAAAAGCAAAACUAUUUCUGUGGAUUUUCAAGUCGUUCAAUUCGUAACGUUUGUGAACAGAUAGACAAUACUGAGAUUCAACCAGAAGUUUAUUCUCGACUUGCUGAAGAUGCUACUUACAAAGUUAUGGAAAUUGUUAAUAACAUUAAAAAUUAUGCCAAGCAUUCGGGAGGACGAGCAACUUUUGAUAUUACUAAUGAAGUUCUCAAAGACUCAAAUUGUGCGCCAAUUAUCGGAUCUGAUGACAACCCCGACUGGGACUUUGUUGAGGAUGAUCAUCAGCAGUCGAUUUUCUUCAACCAUGAAGAAACUUUAGAUCUUACUGAGGAAUUUAACAAACAUAUUACUGAAGAGAAUGUUAAUGGACCAGUAUUUUUAAACACAACAUUUUUGCUGGACGAAAAGAUUGAUGAAGAUUAUAUCGAAUUUUAUAAUAAUAUUUGUGAUUCAGUGUUUACUGGUGAUGAUGAAAGCAUGGAUUUUGCUUUGGGAAUCCUCAGCUCAAGUCCCCAUAUAGCUGGAUUAGUAAAGCAUUUUCUUAUCAAAUGGGUUGACAUGAUUGCAGUGAAUUACUCAAACAAUAUUCUAAAUCGUUCGAUUAAAUUUAUGUUUGGUAUUAUCAAAAAUCCUUACACAACUAACAGUGAUAUGAACAUUGAACUGAAACAUGUUUGUCAACUACUUGUUAAUCUUUUGGUUGGCUCUAUUAACGAUGAAAUUCGUGAGAACGGUCAUGAUGUUGAGUUGGAACAGGAAACAUCAGAAUACUCAACAUACGACUCCAACAUAGUAACUUAUGAUGGAAACAAUGGAAUUAUCGACAAUAAUAAUGGAAUGAAUUUAGAUGAAAUGUCGAGUGAUUCAAACAUUAAAGCUUUUGAAGAAAGCAACGGUGUGUUAAUGGAAAACUUCAGCAUGGAAUCAGGGAAAGCAGGAAAAAGUUUGAAAGAUGAACUUACUGAAGGAUUUGAAACGCAAAGUUAUGACAGUUCCAAGUUCAAGUUAGAAAAUCACGAAGAUGCAUCAAAAGAUUCAGCUUCAUCUCGAUCAAUGACAGGAAGAAAUGAUAUUGAAGAUGAGUUUAAUGCACUUUUAUCAACAAAUUGUGCUUCAACUAUAAAAUGUCAUGAGAUUUAUGUUGAAUCAAUUUGUGAAAUGAUGGGAAUGUGUGCAUCUAAAUGGAUUGGUGUUGAAAAGUAUCUGACGAUAUUAAUAAUUAGUGAAGUUGAAAACUUUGUUAAGAUUAACAAACGAUUUAAGACAGAAAAUGAUUUUGAAUGGUUAGGACGAGUAGCAAGAGGCCUUUGGAGUUUAGGAGAGUUUGCUUUUAGAGAACUUUUGAUAUUUUUCGAAAAAAUUGACACCAGAAAUUUGAAAAGUUCUUUAAGUUUCUCCAACAGCAUUAAUGUUGCAGCUAUUUAUCUUAGAGGAAAAAAAGAUAUUUUCUUUUACGAAUUUCUUCAAGAAAUGUGUGGAGAUAAAUUGAUUCCAUUUCUUCUUUAUUAUGCAAAUUUUCUCCUCAAAAUAAACCAAAAGAAAUUGAAACAUAAUGAAGAUGAAAAAUCAAAUCCAAUACGCUUUAAAAUUCCACAACGCACACAAAUUAUUGGAUAUCAAAUACAACGUUUGAAUCCUCCAAUGCUUUAUUCUGAUUUAGCAAAUAGUUUCAAUGGACGUCAACCAUCACUAAGACCUUUCAAUGCAACACGUCCUAUCAUUAUCCAAUACGGUCAUCCUGUAUCAACAAAAAAACAGAAAAAGACUCACGCAAAAACCGAUGAGAAGCGAGAAAUCCACCAAAAUGUUAAAAAUUUGCAAUCCUUCAAUCAGAGAAUUGUGAUUGCCAAAGGUCGCUUAAGAAAGCCAAUAACGAAUAUCAAACGAACGAAAUUUCUCGACAACUUCCAUACCUUAACUAUUUAAUUCUUUGUUUCGUGGAUGAUUACUUAAAGUAUAAUAAAUUAAAAUUUUAAUUUAAAACACGAAACAUUAUUUAAAUGAAAACCAACAUUGGUUGCAUAAAUUAAUGCUUUUGAGUGUAUGUGUGUGAAGUGUUUCAACUGAACCAUAGUUGAAAAUGAACCAAUG